AUGUUCAGAACUUUGGUUCUUGGAGGCAGAGGCCUCAGCGGUAUUCGCAUAAGUUCCCGUGGUUUAAUGACCCGUUCAAUAUCAAAUUUGGUAAAGACAAAGAAUGUGAUUCCCACUGUUGCUCUUAAGAGAGCUUUGCCAACAGUUUCAAUGGCGUAUUUCCAUACCAGAUCUAUUGUCAGGGAAGCUGUACAGGUAUCGCAAACUACUGGUAAUGGUAUAACAACAGCUACGGCAUCCACGGCUAAACAAGCUAAGUCAAAACCCUUGCUAAAUUCAUCAAAAGUGGUAGGGUACUGGUUAGUUGGUACUUCAAUUCUUGUGUUUGGUAUUGUCGUUCUCGGGGGGUUAACCAGACUUACUGAAUCUGGGUUAUCUAUUACAGAAUGGAGACCUGUCGCUGGUACUUUACCACCCUUGAACCAGCAGGAAUGGGAAAAUGAAUUCACCAAGUAUAAAAGUUCUCCAGAAUUUAAACAGUUGAACUCUCAUAUUACCUUGGAUGAAUUCAAGUUCAUUUUCUUUAUGGAAUGGAUUCAUAGACUAUGGGGCCGUGCUAUCGGUGCUGUAUUCAUUCUGCCUGCUGUCUACUUUGCUGUCGCUAGGAAGACAUCACCUCAUGUUAAUAAAAGAUUGUUUGGUUUAUCAGCACUACUAGGUUUACAAGGUUUUAUCGGUUGGUGGAUGGUCAAGUCUGGUUUGGAUGAAACACAAUUGAAGGAAAGAAAGUCCAAACCGACUGUCUCACAGUACAGAUUGACUACACAUUUGGGUACCGCUUUCAUGUUAUAUAUGGGUAUGCUCUGGACCGGGUUUGAGAUCUUGAGAGAGGCCAAAUGGGUUAAAAACCCAUCCGAAGCUCUUGUUUUAUUCUCAAAACUAGAUAACCCAGCACUAGCUCCAUUGAGAAGAUCUGCACUUGGUCUACUAGCUUUGACCUUUGUUACUGCGAUGUCUGGGGGUUUGGUUGCUGGUCUGGAUGCUGGUCUAAUCUACAAUACUUUCCCUCACAUGGGUGAUGAUUGGGUACCAAGUAAACGUGAAUUAAUCGACGAAAACUUUGCUAGAAAAGAAGACAAGAGUGAUAUGUUUUGGAGAAAUAUGUUGGAAAACCCAACUACGGUUCAACUGAAUCAUAGGAUUUUGGCUACAACCACUUUCUUCGCUGUGUUUGCAUUCCACAUGUACUGUAACAGAAACAAGGCUAUCAUUCCUAAACAAGUUCUACGUACUGCUCAUGGUAUGAUGGGUCUUGCCACUUUACAAGUCACUCUAGGUAUUUUUACCUUGUUAUAUUUGGUUCCAAUCCCUCUAGCUUCUGCUCACCAAGCUGGUGCCUUGGCAUUAUUGACAGGUUCAUUGUUGUUUGCUUCUCAAUUGAGAAAACCAAGAGCCGCAAUUAGAAUCCUCACCGGUGGACUCUAUACACAACAGCAAAAGGCCUCUUCUAAAAUCUUAACUGAGGCUUCCAAACUUGCGAAGUGA